GGCACUAGUCAGGUCAAGUCGAUCAAGAUGGCGGCGAAGCUGGGAAGGCUUGCAGUGAAUAAUACGGCGUUUCUCCUGUGUGAUAUCCAGGAAAAAUUCCGACCGUCUAUCAGGUACUUUCCUGAGAUCAUCAAAGUUGCUCAAAGAAUGGUAGCAGCAGCCAACAUUAUGAAAAUACCCAUCAUUGCUACAGAACAGUAUCCUAAAGGACUUGGCAACACAGUAGAGGAAAUUGAUACAAGUUUUUUCAAAGAGCGCAUAUUUCCUAAGACAAAGUUUUCCAUGGUGAUACCUGAAGUUGAAGAACAGCUGAGACAGCUAAAUAUUGAGAAUGUGGUGUUAAUGGGUAUUGAGACUCAAGUCUGUGUACUACAGACAACUAUGGAUUUGCUUGAAAAGAAUUAUACUGUUCAUGUUCUGGCUGAUGGUGUCUCAUCACGCACUAUGGUUGAAAGAAUGUUUGCCCUUGAGCGACUCCGUGAAAUGGGUGCUAUUAUAACGACUAGUGAAUGUACUCUCUUCAUGCUGUUGGGGGAUGCCAAACAUCCCAACUUUAGAGAGGUUCAAGCUUUAGUGAAGACAGCAGCCCCUGAUUCUGGUUUGCUGUCCAAGUGUUGAUAGAGGAACAAUGGGUGUACUGACUUCUCUAUCCAGAGAAGAGUCUUUUGGA